AUGUUCGCCCCACUCCUCACCCUCCUCGGGCUCGUAGCCGCCAAUGCGGUCGAGCAGUUCACCCCCGUGGACAUGCUGAGCACUCCGCGGCCACAGGCAGCCAUUGCUUCGCCGGACGGAUUACAUGCCAUUAGUGUGGUAGACCAGUGGAACGAGGCAGACGACACCAUGUCCCGCACCCUCAACAUCCUAGACCUUGACGGCCUUGAGCAGCUCAAGGAGAACAACAAGCGCAUCCGCAAGAUCUGGACCGCGCCGACUUCGCAGGGUCACGACUUCAUCUGGCUCUCCAAAGACACGGUAGCGUACGUCAAUGGCUCGGCACUUCUCCAAUUCUCGAUCGGCGCAGCAACCACGGAACCGACCAAAGUCCUCGACUUCCCCGAGGGCACCGAGCCCAGCGGGCUGCAGUACGACUCUGACAGUGGCGCGCUCGUCUUCUCUGCGGCUGUGUGGGAGGCCAACCUCGACCUCGACAAGACUGGCGCUGGCGACAAGGCCUACGAGGACCGCGGCGACUCGGGUCUCGUGCUCGACGACCUCUUCGUGCGCCACUGGGACACGUGGCGCAUUCCGGGCCGCAUCUAUACACUGGGUUUGGCGCGGCUCAGCAACCGUGACGGCGCGUUCAGUGGCAGCAAGUUUGAGAAUAUCCUCAAGGGCACGGGGCUGUACUCGCAGAUGGACGCGAUCUCCGAGUUCUCGCUCCGCGGCAACUCCGUCGCCGUCGCGCUCAAGCCCAACGACAUCAGUGUCGCGACCCACACCCGCAUGGAGGUAUAUGUUGUGAACCUGGACAAGCUGGGUGACAAGCCUGCGCAUAUCACACCGGGCAAGCUCGGCGCCGUGAGCGGUGUCGAGCUCAGCGGCGACGGCUCCAAACUUGCGUGGCUCCAGAUGGCCGAGGACGGAUACGAGAGCGAUAAGCGCGUCGUGACCGUGCAUACGUUUGCCAGCUCCAAGACGGAGGCGUGGACGAAGAACUGGGACCGCUCUCCUGACAGCCUCGUAUGGUCCGCCGACAGCAGCUCGCUCUACGGCACGGCCGAGUACAAGGGCCGCGUGCUGCCGUACCAUUUCCCGGCCGCUGGCAAGCUGCCCGUGCCGCUUCUUUUCGACGGCUCUACCAGCUCCAUCGACCCUCUCAAUCACUCAACGUUCCUUAUCUCGCGCUCGUCAAUGCAGCACCCAACAGAAAUCUUCUUCCUCGACCUCGAGGAGGGCGACGAACCGGGGCACGACCCGCACAAGCGCCCUGCUGAGCAGGUCUUCCAGAUCACUCACUACUCGGAGGCACACAUUGCUGGCCGCCUCGACGGGCACAAGCCGGAGGAUAUCUGGUUCGAGGGCGUCGACGGCUUCCGUGUCCACGCGUGGGUCCUCAAGCCGCGCGGCUGGAGCAAGGACGACAAGGCUGGAUCGUAUCCGCUUGCGUUCCUCAUCCACGGUGGUCCGCAGGGCGCGUGGGACGACUCGUGGUCGACGCGCUGGAACCCCGCCGUCUACGCGUCGGCCGGCUACUUUGUCGUUGCCGUUAACCCGACCGGAUCGACGGGGUACGGCCAGGAGUUCUGCGACCGGAUCCAGAACCACUGGGGCGACCGCCCAUACCAGGACCUGCUGAUUGGCUAUGGCGCCGCGCUGGACAAGUACCCGCAGAUCGACAAGAACCGCACUGUGGCCCUGGGCGCCUCGUACGGUGGCUUCAUGGUCAACUGGAUCAACGGACACAACUCGUUCGGCUUCAAGGCUAUGGUGUACCACGAUGGCAUGCUCAGCACGACUGACACCUUUUUCAGCACUGAGGAGUUGUGGUUCCCGCUGCGCGAGUUCGAGGGCUCGCCGAUGGACGUGCGCGACAACUACGAGCGCUGGAACCCAAUGAACCACGUGAGCAACUGGAAGACACCGACGCUCGUUGUGCAGGGCGGCCUCGACUUCCGCCUUUCUGAGAGCAUGGGUAUUGCCACGUUCACCGCGUUGCAGUUCCAGGGCAUCGAGAGCCGCUUCCUCUACUUCCCAGAUGAGAACCACUGGGUACUCAAGCCGCACAACUCUCGCCGAUGGCACACCGAGGUGUUGCGCUGGCUCGACCAGCACGUCGGGCAUGGUAAGAAGUAG